CUCUCUCUUCUCUUCUCUCUGAUUCUUUAAAAGAUAGCAACAUCUAAAAUCUGCAAAACCACAUUUUCUUUCCUCUAUUCUCCUCCGUCCUUACUAUUUCCAGAGUUCAGUACUUAGAAAGAAAGAGAGUGAUGAGCAGAAGCAUCUCUUUCUCUGUCUGAGUAAGAGGAAGCCAAAACCAUAAUGGAGUUGUUAAUGUGUUCGGGUCAGGCCGAGUCAGGUGGUUCUUCUUCCACCGAGUCUUCUUCACUCAGUGGUGGACUCAGGUUUGGUCAGAAGAUCUACUUCGAGGAUGGAUCCGGAUCCAGAAGCAAGAACCGGGUCAAUACCGUUCGUAAGUCGUCUACCACGGCGAGGUGCCAAGUGGAAGGUUGUAGAAUGGAUCUAAGCAAUGUUAAAGCUUAUUACUCGAGACACAAAGUUUGUUGCAUUCACUCUAAAUCAUCUAAAGUCAUUGUCUCUGGUCUUCAUCAAAGGUUUUGUCAACAAUGUAGCAGGUUUCACCAGCUUUCUGAGUUUGACUUGGAGAAAAGAAGUUGUCGCAGAAGACUCGCUUGUCAUAACGAACGACGAAGAAAACCACAACCCACAACGGCUCUUUUCACUUCUCAUUACUCUCGAAUCGCUCCAUCUCUUUACGGAAACCCCAAUGCUGCAAUGAUUAAAAGCGUUUUGGGAGAUCCUACUGCGUGGUCAACCGCAAGAUCAGUGAUGCAGCGGCCUGGACCGUGGCAGAUUAAUCCAGUUAGGGAAACCCAUCCACACAUGAAUGUUUUAUCACAUGGAAGCUCAAGCUUUACUACAUGUCCAGAGAUGAUAAACAACAAUAGCACAGAUUCAAGCUGUGCUCUCUCUCUUCUGUCAAACUCAUACCCAAUUCAUCAGCAGCAACUUCAGACACCAACAAAUACAUGGCGACCAUCUUCUGGUUUCGACUCGAUGAUCUCAUUCUCCGAUAAGGUUACAAUGGCUCAGCCACCGCCCAUUUCAACCCAUCAGCCGCCCAUCUCAACACAUCAGCAGUACCUCAGCCAAACUUGGGAAGUCAUCGCGGGCGAAAAGAGCAAUUCACAUUAUAUGUCUCCUGUGAGUCAAAUCUCGGAGCCAGCAGAUUUCCAGAUAAGCAAUGGCACCACAAUGGGUGGAUUUGAGCUGUAUCUUCAUCAGCAGGUUCUGAAGCAAUACAUGGAACCCGAGAACACAAGAGCUUAUGACUCCUCUCCUCAACAUUUCAAUUGGUCUCUUUGAGUCUAAUCUCUUUCACCUUUUAAGAUCUUCAUCAGUUUGUUACUAAAAUCUUAUCAACUAUCUCUUGUGUGCUACUUUAAAACCAGGCAAUGAUGCCCGAUAAUGCCUUUCCGUUUGGAUGUUUUUUUCAUGGCUUUUUAUCUUUUUAAGAACUUUGGUUUUAUUGAUGAUCUCUACGAUAGUUUACGAUUUGCAUCCAACAGAAAC